CUAUUAUUGUCUUGACAAAUCCAACUGACAUAUUUUGAUUUUUCUCCAAACCAAACAAGUUGGAUAUUCCAAUUAAAAAAUGCCACCUAUGUAUUAAACUUUUUAAAAAUUAAUCGCGAAAAGAUAAGAGAAAAACAAUCAUUUUCAAUGUGAUAAAUACCUGGCAAAUAAUUCAAUAAAAUGUACAUCAAAACAUUUUUCAUCGGUGUGAUUUUCUUCAUAAAUUCCUCUGUACAACAUGAUAUCAAAGGCUUUGAUGAUACGGUUUUGUUCGAUAUCAACUUUCCAGGUAGUUUACCAGAAGGUUUGGAGUCGGAAUAUGGAGAAACUAUCUUUGUAACAUCUUCAAUGAAGGAGAAAUAUAAAUGUCUUUUACCCAACGUUUUGGAGAAGGAAGACGCAAAAGUUGAACCCUAUUCAGGUCCUAGUCCUUUGGAACUGAUUGCACCACUGUUUUCUCAAGGUACAUGUUCCUACCGUUUAGAAAGCUACUGGACCUAUGAAGUUUGCCAUGGCAAGUACGUCAGACAAUUUCAUGAGGAACGUGAAGGUAAAAAAGUCAAGAUUCAAGAAUACCUUUUGGGAAAAUGGGAUGAGAAACAUUUGGACAGAUUAUUGGAAAUAACACAGGCAAACAGGGACGAUUUGAAACCUGAAACUGUAGUCCCUACAAAAAAAAUUGACAACGUUAAUUUGCCAUAUUAUGAGAUUUCAAUGGAAAAUGGCACAGCUUGUGAUUUAAACUACAACAAACCCAGAACAACCAAAGUGAUUUAUGUGUGUUUUUUACAUGGAAAACACGAAGUAUACCUUUUAAAAGAAACCUCGACUUGUUCCUAUGAAAUCAUAAUUUUAACCCCAUUAUUGUGUUCUCAUCCUAAAUACAAGCCAAAAGAAACUGGUGAUUUGAAAAUCAGCUGCGUUCCAACUGAAGAUGCUGCAGAUGAACCAUACAGUCUGACUAAACUUAAAAGGGAAAGUGCUAGGCUUAAAAAAGCAGCUGAGUUGGAUAGAAUUAAAGUAGAAUUAAUACAAUUCAAGUCAGAAGAUGCCAUAGCAGGAGAUCCGAAAUCACCAAAAUUUGUCACAGAUAAAGUGGCCGAUGCCUCUCCUAUAAAGUCGUUUUUGGAAGGAAACCAUUGUUUGUAUGGCGGCACUGGUUGGUGGAAAUUCGAAUUUUGCUAUGGCAAAACUGUGGAACAAUUUCACAUUGAAAGAGACGGUUCUAGGACUGGCAUAAAUCUGGGAGUUUUCAAUAAACAAAAACAUUUGGAAUGGAUCAAAGAACAUCCACAUAAAAGACCGAAACCUGUAAAGGAAAGGAAGCAGUUGUCGCAUUUUUAUACUGAUGGAAGCGUUUGUGAUAAAACAGGUCAACCAAGGCAAACUGAAGUCAAACUCAAAUGUCUAGAGAAACCAAAUAGCCCUUCAAGUGUUUCUUUGUAUCUUUUAGAACCUAAAUAUUGCGAAUAUAUUUUAGGGGUAGAAUCGCCUCUAAUUUGUGAAAUUUUAGACAAAGCUGAUGAAAAUGGAUUGGUACCAAUACCACUUGAUUUUAAUGAUGAGGAAAGCGAAUACACUUCGUUUUCAAUAAAGUUGUGAAUGGUUUUUCGCAUUUUUAUAUUAAUUGAGAUUUAAUUUUCAAUAUUUGAUUUGUUUUUUUUCAUACAUUAUUCACUCACAGCAGUUGUAAUAUAGAAUAUCAUUCCCAUUUUAGUUGAAGUAAUAUAAAUCAAUCUUUUAAAUAGACCAACUCAGUUGGAAAUUGUUAAUUUAUUAUAUUUUUGUUGUAAAUAAAUUUUUUGAUUUAUA